AGACAACGCCUAGAGAAUGAUAGAGAACCCGCUCUCCAGCUAUGCUCAAGCUUUGUUUCGUGCCAUCGACGAUUUAAUUAGUAUCAACUCUUGCCCGCACUCACUCGAAAAUUAGGUGACGAAAUUAAACCAAUUCUGCGACGUCACAGCAGUGGUGGCACUGGAUGGCACCACCUGCUCUACAUUAUGGCGGGGCGUGUGCUGUUUUGUUGACUUGUGUGAACAGUAGGCGUCCUGUCCUGCGAUUUUCCCCCUUGCUUGUGGAACUACACAUCAAAAUGGAGCACAAGGAUACUAAAGAACAUUUCCUCGCUCUGAAAGUGAUGCGACUCACUCGACCUUCUCUGUUUUCUACACUUCCGAUCGUCUGCGACACGCGAGAUAUUCCCGGCAGUAUGUGGCUUCACGACCUCAAACAAGAUCUGGGUGCACCACUUGGGCUCGAGCUAUUCAGCUCGGGAAACUUUCUCAUGCUUCCGCAGAGCUUCGGCAACAUCUACCUCGGAGAAACCUUCUCGUGUUACAUGAGCGUUCACAAUGACAGUAAACAGCCGGUGAAUGAUGUGUCCGUCAAAGCCGAGCUACAAACCGGGACUCAAAAAGUGCUGCUCACAGGACGAGGUGACGAAAGUACAAUUACAGAACUGAAACAAAAUGACAGCGUGGACGAAGUCAUUCAUCAUGAAGUUAAGGAGAUCGGGAUGCACAUUCUAGUCUGCACUGUUAGUUACGUCACGCAGGCGGGGGAGAAGUUGUACUUCCGCAAAUUCUUCAAGUUUCAAGUAUUUAAGCCGCUUGACGUCAAAACAAAGUUUUAUAACGCCGAGUCGGACGAAGUUUAUCUCGAAGCGCAGCUUCAGAACAUCACGUCGUUUCCCAUAACCCUAGAAAAGGUGUCUCUCGAGCCAUCGUCCCACUUCGAAGUCUGUCAGAUGAACACUAUAAACGAAAAUCAAAGUGUCUUUGGCCACAUCAACUUCCUGAACCCGCAUGACAGCAGGCAGUACCUCUUUAGCCUGUCUCCGAGAAUCAUCGACCCCGAGAGGAAAUUCAAGGGAGGCAUCACGACGAUCGGGAAGUUGGACAUUGUGUGGCGUUCUGUCAUGGGAGAACGUGGAAGGCUACAGACGUCACAGCUGGAGAGGAUUGCUCCCGAGUACGGCGACAUCCGCCUGACCGUUGACUCUGUUCCGAGCAUCGUCACGCUAGAGGAGCCUUUUGAAAUGAUAUGCCUGGUUACGAACACAUGUCAGCGGACGGUUGACCUUUACCUCAUGCUCGACAACACCGUGUCUCCAGGCAUCUUGUGGCAGGGCUUGUCCGGUCAGAACCUGGGCAAGCUUGAGCCGCAGUGUAGCUUGCAGAUUAACCUCGAAGCUGUUCCGUUCCGAACUGGUUUACAAACUGUUUCGGGAAUCAAGCUUUCGGAUCCUUUCCUGAAGCGAACUUACGAUUACGAUGACAUCACCACUGUGUUCGUUAGUUCAAAUGUUUCUAAAGCUUGCUAGGUCAUACUUUUAACAGUGCUGAGGCAAGAAGGUAAAGUGUGCGGGGUUUUGUGUUGCUCGGUUAUAGAAAGAACAGCUCAAGCAAUGGCUUUGAAAUGGUUUUACUGCAUAUUUUUCGGUCUUGAAUUGGAAGUGGAAACUACAGCAGUCUGGGGGUACUGGUUUCUUGCGGAACAUGGGCUGCAUUUCAUCCCAUAUUUUGGGUUCACAUUGUUACAGAUAAGAUAAUGUGCAGCCAAUACAAUAUUGUGUUUGCAGAUUAUUGCGAUAUGCAGCUUUGUACUAUGUACAUGCUAAAUGUAUAUAUAAUAUAUUUUGCUUCCA